AGAGAAACCGUACGAGUGUGACCAGUGUGGGAUCCAAUUUAAAGAUUCUAGUAGCCUCUAUAAACAUAUGAGAAUCCACACAGGGGUGAAACCAUAUAGAUGUGAUGUUUGUGAGAAGACAUUUUCACAGUCAGGCAACCUAAAAUCACAUAUGAGAAUCCACACUGGAGAGAAACCGUAUGAGUGUGAUGUUUGUGAGAAGACAUUUUCACAGUCAGGCCACCUAAAAUUACAUAUGAGAAUCCACACUGGAGAGAAACCGUACGAGUGUGACCAGUGUGGGAUCCAAUUUAAAGAUUCUAGCAGCCUAAAAUCACAUAUGAGAAUCCACACUGGAGAGAAACCGUACGAGUGUGACCAGUGUGGGAUCCAAUUUAAAGAUUCUAGUAGCCUCUAUCAACAUAUGAGAAUCCACACAGGGGUGAAACCAUACAGAUGUGAUGUUUGUGAGAAGACAUUUUCACAGUCAGGCAGCCUAAAAUCACAUAUGAGAAUCCACACUGGAGAGAAACCGUAUGAGUGUGAUGUUUGUGAGAAGACAUUUUCAUGUUCAGGCAGCCUAAAAUCACAUAUGAGAAUCCACACUGGAGAGAAACCGUACGAGUGUGACCAGUGUGGGAUCCAAUUUAAAGAUUCUAGUAGCCUCUAUAAACAUAUGAGAAUCCACACAGGGGUGAAACCAUAUAGAUGUGAUGUUUGUGAGAAGACAUUUUCACGGUCAGACAGCCUAAAACCACAUAUGAGAAUCCACACUGGAGAGAAACCGUACGAGUGUGAUGUUUGUGAGAAGACAUUUUCACGGUCAGACAGCCUAAAAUCACAUAUGAGAAUCCACACUGGAGAGAAACCGUACGAGUGUGACCAGUGUGGGAUCCAAUUUAGACGAUCUUAUCAUCUCCAUAAACAUAAGAGAAUCCACACAGGGGUUAAACCAUACAAAUGUGACGUUUGUGAGAAGACAUUUUCACAGUCAGGCCACCUAAAAUCACAUAUGAGAAUCCACACUGGAGAGAAACCGUACGAGUGUGAUGUUUGUGAGAAGACAUUUUCACGGUCAGGCAACCUAAAAUCACAUAUGAGAAUCCACACUGGAGAGAAACCGUACGAGUGUGAUGUUUGUGAGAAGACAUUUUCACGGUCAGGCAACCUAAAAUUACAUAUGAGAAUCCACACUGGAGAGAAACCGUACGAGUGUGACCAGUGUGGGAAAACGUUCUCUCAAUUAGCCCUACUCAAUACACAUAUCAGAAUUCACUUCAGGCACAGUACAUGUGACCAGUGUGAAAAGUUCUUUAGAACAUCCCAGAAACUCUCCAGUCACUACCGAACGCACACAGGAGAUGAACCAGACGACUGUGAAGAAAGAGGGAAGGAUUUGGGGUCUGUGGGGAAAGGAGAAAGAGCUGCUGAGGCUGGAUCAAGUGAGCUUAAAGUCAGACUCAAGAAGCUGGAGAUCAGGCUUCAGAGACUUCAGACUGUGGAAUUGUCCAAUGUGUAGUGUCAAAAAUUACAAGCGUUAAAUGACACGUUAAGAUGUUUUUCUUUCCAUCCAUGUUUGUUCAUCUGUUCUUUGUUGUAUUGCUUUUAACUUUGUGCGUUUAGUCUUGUUUGAUUGCAGUGCCUGAAAUUAAAAUUCCUGUUCCCUUAAUUAAAAUCUUUAAUUUUCUUUAACUUUUUUAUCUUGGUAUGAUCAUAAAUAAUAUAUUUAGUUCCCUCUUUAUCGUUAAUAAAAGGUUGUCCGACUUGAAACAAUGAAAAUCCUUACAUUUAAAAAAAAAAUUCUCAUUACUGUUUAUUUUGGUACGAUCAUAAAUGAUAAACUAAUCAAGAUAUUUUUGCGAGUUCGUUCACAUUUCCAAUUAAAUGUGGCUUGUAAGUGAUCUCCAGUGUGAACUUUAAACAGCCCAAAGGUGUCCUGCAUUGGAGGACACGAUGAUGUCAAACGCAGCGAAGAUUUUAAAGUUGUUGUUGUACCGGAGCCAGAACAUGGACAGGUCAUUUGUUUUGAGGAGAUUGAGAAGGAGAAAGACAAGGUUUUUGGCUGUGAUGUUCUGUGGGGCAGUGGCAGCAACAUCCCUGACGUCCAUCCAGAAAGGUAGAGACGUAGAGAGGUGGAGUUGUAACCUGUUUUUUUCACUGGCUUUUAACAAAUGGUGUACAUUUUUUGCUACUGAGUAUCUUAUUGUUUUCUAUGUUUUCAGUAGUUGUGUAGUGUUUGUAUUGUGUAUUUUCUUGUACAGCGAUUGUUCUUGUCACAAGGACAAAAGUUUGUAGAACAUUAUCUUGGGUCAUUUCAAUAAAAAAGUCAAUGUAAACCA